CCUCGCUUAUGACUGACCGUCAGUGACCUCAGUCUCAGUGGUAGCACAACUUAGACUGGACCGCUCAUUAAACAGCACACGGGGAGCAAUGGCCGGGAUAUUCGGGAAGAUAUUCUUGGGCAUUUACGUGGAGAUAAAACGGAGCGAUGGACGAAUACACCAGGCAAUGGUCACAUCACUGCAUGAAGACAACGAGAGUGUGACAGUGGAAUGGAUCGAGAAUGGAGACACUAAAGGGAAAGAGAUUGAUCUCGAGAGCAUCUUUGCUCUGAAUCCAGAUGUAGCUCCUGAUGAAGAGAUACCACAGAGUCCUGAGGUCCCUCUUCCUCCCUCCAAUGUUGCCAAAACCAGCAAAGUACCCAAGACUAAACGGAUGACUGCAAUACCCAAGGCUGAAAAUGCCCCACGGGAAAACCGAGCUGCCGCAGUGGGAACCACUCGGGCCCGUCCCAGUCAGCACAGCCAAGCUGCGGAGCCACCCCCACCGACCAUCGUUCCCCAGCCUGCAGUGAACCAGGCCCUGAUACAGCAGCAGAACGCACGGAGGAAAUCUAACUGCGUGAAGGAGGUGGAGAAACUGCAGGAGAAACGAGAGAAGAGACGUCUUCAGCAACAGGAGCUCAGAGAGAAGAGGGCACAAGAAGUGGACGUUAAUUUACCAAAUUAUGAGAUUAUGUGUAUGAUCAGAGACUUCAGAGCCAGCCUGGACUACAGACCUUUAACCACAAAUGACUUGAUUGAGGAGCACAGGAUAUGUGUGUGUGUUCGUGCACGUCCCCUCAAUAAAAAAGAGCUAUCAGUGAAAGAUUUGGAUGUGAUCACCAUUCCCAGUAAAGACGUGGUAAUGGUCCAUGAGCCCAAGCAGAAAGUUGACUUGACCCGCUAUCUGGAGAACCAGACUUUCCGAUUCGACUACGCCUUUGACGAGAACUCCACCAAUGAAAUGGUUUACAGGUUCACUGCCCAGCCACUGGUUGAGACCAUUUUUGAGAGGGGGAUGGCGACAUGUUUUGCAUACGGGCAAACUGGAAGUGGAAAAACACACACGAUGGGAGGGGACUUCUCAGGAAAAAACCAGGACUGUUCUAAAGGGAUCUAUGCACUGUCUGCCAGAGAUGUUUUUCUCAUGUUAAAGAAGCCAAAUUACAAGAAGCUGGACCUGCAAGUUUUUGCCACUUUUUUUGAGAUUUACAGUGGGAAGGUGUUCGACCUGUUGAACCGUAAGGCCAAGUUACGGGUCCUGGAGGAUGGAAAACAGCAGGUGCAGGUGGUGGGGCUACAGGAGAGCGAAGUGAAAUGCACAGAAGACGUCCUCAAACUCAUCGAAGUGGGAAACAGCUGCAGGACGUCUGGACAGACAUCGGCCAACGCUCACUCCUCCCGGAGUCACGCUGUCUUCCAGAUCAUCCUGCGUCGACGGGGGAAGAUGCACGGAAAGUUCUCUCUUAUCGACCUGGCGGGGAAUGAGAGAGGGGCAGACACCUCCAGCGCUGAUCGGCAGACUCGCCUCGAGGGAGCAGAGAUCAACAAGAGUCUGCUGGCACUCAAGGAGUGUAUCCGAGCCCUGGGCAGAAACAAACCACACACUCCAUUUCGAGCCAGCAAGUUAACCCAAGUGCUGCGAGACUCAUUCAUAGGGGAAAACUCCAGAACAUGCAUGAUUGCGACCAUCUCUCCUGGGAUGGCAUCUUGUGAAAAUACACUGAACACACUGAGAUACGCCAACAGAGUAAAGGAGUUUGGGAUAAGUCCCUCAGACAUUCCCUUCUCCCAGAGUGGGGGUGGAGGAGGUCGCUCUGAGCUCUCCCCUACCUACGAGUAUGAUCUCUUUGCUAUGACUCUCAACACUGUCCUGCAGAAUAGGGUGAAGGAGCUCACAGUGGACCCUGCAGCAUCCAUGAUGGAGAGCCGUGAGGGAGGACACAUCACCCAGCUGGAGGUGCUGGAGGCUCAGUGGGGAGUUGGGAGCUCUCCACAGAGAGACGAUCUGAAGCUGCUCUGUGAACAGAACGAGGAGGAGGUUUCCCCGCAGCUCUUCACUUUCCAUGAAGCCGUCUCUCAGCUGGUGGAGAUGGAGGAGCAGGUGCUGGAGGAUCACAGGGCUGUGUUCCAGGAGUUGAUCCGCUGUUUGGAGGAUGAGAAGGUGCUUCUGGAAAUGACGGAGGAAGUGGACUAUGAUGUGGAAUCAUAUGCAACUCAGUUAGAACAAAUCCUGGACCACAAGAUAGACAUUCUUACUGAGCUAAGAGAUAAAGUCAAGUCUUUCCGUUGUACUCUCCAGGAAGAGGAACAAGCUAGCAAACAGAUCACACCCAAGAGGCCUCGGGCACUAUAGACACAUAAAAUGUGAUAUUUCGCUGUAAUGCUGAUUGGUCAUCAGAGAGUUGAAGGCCAUGAGGAGGUCAAUGCUGAUGAAACAGCUGAUUUAACUCAGCUGUGACUUUAUGGUGUGUGUCUGUAAGUGUGUUUGGUUUCGCCCUGACCUCUCUGCUGUACAGACUGGUUCCCGUCAUCCAUCCGUCCAUUUGUAAAACCAAAGAGCGUACCGUCUUCGCUCUUCCAUCUUCCUGUAAAGUGUAUCUAUAAGGUUUUUCUCUGUGCGCUUAGUCCCAAGUACUUCAUUUUAAAAUAAAAAAGGUCAAACAUUGUUUAAAAUAAUUUUUAUAGGGUCUGUCAUCCUCACAAAGGCCAAUUUUCUAAACAGUUUUUGCCAUUUUGUGCAAUAUUUGGAGAAAUGUUUCUCCCUGUUCUUCCUGUUUCAGCUCAGGUGAACAGGACGUCAAAUUUGUGUGUAAAAUGAGUAAAAUGAGUGUUUGUGUUGAUACUGUAUGUAACAAAGUUUGAUUGAGACAAGGUGGAAACUAACCUUAUGUUCAACAUUAACAGAGCUAAAGUGUGCAUUAUACUCAAAGUGUUUCAAGGUUACAUUUACAGAAACUGAUUUUUCAUUUGCCAAAAUAAAGAAAAAUUACUUGUU